GCGGCCCGGAGGCUCUCUUGCCAGUACAGGAGGCAGCAUGGGGCCUGUCGGAAGGCUUGGUCUGGGAGGUCUUUCGAUGAGUGGGAGAAAGUGUUCAGAGUUCCUGCUUCUGGCGACUCUGGGUCUCUUCCUGGGUCAGACACCUGGAGCCGGGGGCUUGCAGCACAGGCUCGAAUGUGGCUCCUACAGCAUGCAGUUGCUGGUCUUCCCAAGGCCGGGCCGAAUGAUCCGCUUCAAGGUGGUGGAUGAGUUUGGGACCCGCUUUGAAGUGACCAACUGCUCCAUCUGUCUCCACUGGAUCUCCUCCAAGCCCCAGGGUCCCGCCAUCUUCUCGGCAGGUUACCAUGGAUGCCACGUCACAAAGAAGGAUGAUCAGUACCACUUACGGGUAUUCGUGGAAGAGAUGCUGGGCGCUCACGUUGAUGAAACUCGCGUCGUGACCCUGAUCUGCCCCAGACCUGCGCCUCCCAACACCUUGGGGGCCCCCCUUCCUCAUCCCUCCCCCGCCAGCUUCCAUCUUCAUCCUCGCUUUCUCCUUCCCUCUACCCCUCACCCUAUCCACCCGGAGUGGAGACGUCCAUCCCUCCCACCUGUUGCUGAUGGCACCCGGCCGCCGGCCCGGAUCCAGCCCACCUGGCCGCCCACCUGGCCUCCAGCCUCCGGCCGCGGCUCUCCGGUGCACCAGAUCUUACCGCCGCAGCCAGGUCAGGACGGACUUCCCGCGAUCCCCCGCGACCCUCCGAGCCCGGAGCGAUGCCGCGUGGGCUCUGGCCGCCUCCCGUGUGCGGAAGGUGCGAGCCCCGAAGCCUGUCUCCGAGCUGGCUGCUGCUUUGACCACACAGAUGAGGAGAUCCCGUGUUUCUAUGGCAACACAGCCACUGUCCAGUGUUCUGAAGAUGGCUACUUCAUCCUGGUGCUCUCCCGGAAUAUAACCUCGGCAAAGCGGGUCAGUCUUGAGAGCGUCAGGCUAGCCUAUGCCUCGGAUGGCUGCGCCCCGACCCAGAGGACGCAGGACUUCGUGGUCUUCCGAUUUCUGGUCACCCAGUGUGGUACCUCCACGCAGCUGGUCAACAACCAACUCAUCUAUGAGAACCAACUGGUGUCGGACAUGGGCAUCCAGACGGGGCCAGAAGGUGCCAUCACGCGGGACAGCACCUACCUCCUCCACGCCCGCUGUAUCUACAAUGUCAGCAACUUCCUGCCUCUCCAGUUGGAAGUCUUCCUGCCGUCACCACCUGCCCCCGUGCUUGGGUCCGGUCCCUUGCAUCUUGAGCUCCGAAUCGCCAAGGAUGAGAAAUAUGGCUCCUACUAUCAUGUGGAAGACUUCCCCAUCUUCAGGACGCUCCAGGAACCCAUCCACGUAGAAGUGAGACUCCUCCAGAGGACGGACCCCCGCCUGGUGCUGGUUCUGCACCACUGCUGGGCCACCCCCAGCACCAACCCCUUCAAGGAACCUCAGUGGCCGCUUUUGCUCGAUGGAUGCCCAUUUUCUGGAGAUGGCUACAAGACCCAGUUGGUACCCGAGAAGAAUAUCUCAGAGUCCCCCUUCCCAACUCAUUAUCAGCGUUUCAUUGUAGCCACAUUUACUUUCGUGGACUCUGCUUCCCAGAGGGCUCUCGGUGGACCGGUUUAUUUCUUUUGUAGCGCCUCUGCCUGCUAUCCCUCUGAGACGGAGACCUGUAGGACCGUGUGUCGUCCAGGGGCUACAAAGCAGCGCCGUUUUAUAGAUGAGCAUGACGACGUGGAAGGCGCCCAGGACAUCGUAGGGUCUCCAGGACCGGUGGCAUUUGGGGAUCCUAGAGAACAGAGGAUCACCUUACAGAAUGAAGCUUCAUUCUCCGUGGAGGCCGACCCAAUGGGAAGAUCCAUCAUCUCCCGACCCAACGUCUCGGAACCCCAUCUUCCAGAAGGAUCCUCCUGGAACACUAUCAUGAGACCUUUGCUGUGGGUGACCCUCUGCCUAGUGGUGAUCACCAUUUUCCUGAUGGUGGCAGCUCUCCUUGGAAGGGGCCAGAAGUUCCAAGAACAGAACAGGGAAUGUGAACAAGGGCAAUAAAUUAGAAUUCUGAUGUUUUGCA